ACACCAGCAUGUUCCAUAUUCCGUACAAAGUCGAAGAAUAACUAUAUCUCUGGAAUAUUUUUAAAGCUAUUAAAUGAUUAGACCCAUUUUAUUAGUAAUAUUAGCACUAAAUUUUUAGAGACAUUUCAACAAUCAACAAAAUUUAGAUUGUUUCCAUAACAAACAAUUGUGAAUUAUCAUUAACCAAUUAAAACCUGUAUGCAUGAGAUGAAUUGAUCGAGAGACUAGAGAAGUUUAUAAGAUAUUCUAAAAACUAGAUAUGAAUUUUGAUAACAGACCUAUAGAGUCAGCAGCAAUAGCUGCAAAAAUAAGAAGGAAAGUUGAAUGCAAAGAACUUGAGGCGGUACGCGAUGUCCUUCCCUUUGAUGAUAUUACUAAAUAUAAACUAGAUAAGGGAGCUGUUUUAAGAAUGGCAGUGGCCUAUUUAAAAAUGAAACAGUAUUUAACAAGCUCAGACGCCAAUGCCCUUUAUUUGGAACUAGACGAACGAAAUGAUAAUACAGAUUUUAGUUAUGAGGAGGAGAGUCUAAGCGAAACUUCACUAAUACUACAGGCCCUAAAUGGCUUCCUUCUUGUUAUUAGUCCUAUUGGUGAGGUACUCUACGCAUCGCAAGAAGUACAAGAGCACAUCGGUGUUAGACCUAUAGAUUUAAUUGGAAAAAAGCUUCAAGAUCAUUUGCAUUCAGACGACGUUAAGGAAUUGAAUAAAAAUCUCAUUUUUACGCCAUCUGCCGUAUCAUGUUCGUAUCAGUCAAAAGAAGACGUCUCAAAAUGUCGUCGGAGAUUAUUUUACGUUCGCAUGAAAUGCCAUUUGGCAAAAUGGGGAAAGAAAACGAAACAGACGAGCUUCAUCUUAAUGCAGUUGAGUGGCCGUGUGAAAACUCGAAGGGGUUCAAUGAUUGGUAUGACCUGCAUUUGUAGGCCUAUGCAGUCUACUCCUCUCUUGGAAAUUCGGUUGGGAGGAAAUAUGUUCAUUUCGAGACAUAGUUUGGAUAUGACAUUUACUUUCUGCGACCCAGGGUGA